GUACUUAUUUAUUCUUAAAUUUAGUUGAUCCAAUGUAGUUUAUUUGUUAGCGCUAUCUAGGCUUGUUAAGUCAAUUAUUGGUCCUUCUCGUACGCCGAAAGUGCUGUCCAAGGACUAAAUCACAGUACAGAGGGUAACUGUCAAAUUUUGACGUGUAUCAGACCUUCCCGUUUAUUUAUAUAGGGUCUAAGUGAGCAUGAAUUGGAUUGUUAGGUUGUUUAUAUAUUUUGGGAUUGUCACAGUAUGUGGUCCAUAUUUUGAUAAUUGGACCACAACUGAGAAAUAUCUCUUCUUGAGUGAUGCCUAUGCUGAUGUUUGUUCUCCAACUGAGCAACAGGGGCCACGAAAAAACACAUACAGAUGUCAGGAACAGCAACUGAGGGUAAAUAGUCUGUUAUCAUAUGGCAGGAUGUCUGAGUUUCUAUCAAGCGUAUUCAUAGGGAUAUCAGUCGAUUGCUACGGACCUCGUAUAGUUUCUUGUAUUGGAGUCAUCUUAGCUCUAAUCUCAUGGGUACUCUUGGGUUAUUUUCCAAACUACGAUGCAACACUUAAGCUUUCAAUGAUUCUCGUGGGAAUCUGCACGAAUUCUACAUUAUUACCAGCACUGACAAUUGAAAGAUAUACUAAAGAGUAUAAGGCGCAAUCCCUGAUCUAUAUAGGAAUGUCCAGUUCAUUCACUUGCUUUCUUAUUAAGGGCAUGGAAAGAAUUCUCUACUACGAAUUAAUGGACCAUCGUACACUUGCCCUUGGAUUUAUUGUCUUUCUUAUAAUUCCCUGCCUGUUAUUUUCUAUAGGAGCAUUUCCAGCAGGCGUAUUGGGUGAAGCUCCUGUCGAAGAUGAAAAAAUGGAAUUAUCGAUCUUCACUAGAAAAACGGAAAUGGAUCAACCAGAAGAGGAAAAUACUCUUUGUCAGACUAGUGCAGUAUCUGUACGGGGAGAACGUACUACCCAGGACACGGAAUCUGGAAAUAGUGAACUGUCUUCAUUGGAUGGAGAAGAAAAGUGGACUUUUUACGGAUUUUUGAAGGCUAUAAGUAGAAAAACCGUGAUACUUUGUACACUAUACUAUGCUUUUAAUGUCGUGAGUCUAACAUAUUCACAACAAGCACUCACAAUAUCAUACAGAGAUAAUGAACUUGUUCUUGAAUUCACAGAAUACCUCUUACCAUUGUCUUUUGUAUUAUGUCUGGCUUUCAUGGUAAUUUAUAGAUUUCUAAGGCCAAUUACAGUUAUUGUGAUCAUGUCAACUCUCUUCGCGCUGAUGCAUAUAUCUUCCUUAUUCUCUGGAACGUGUUGGGGAAUCGUUUAUGCGAUAUUCUUAUCGUGUAUCUAUUCCAUAUACAAUACACAGGUAUACAUAUACCUUGAAUCGAGGGUUUCAAAGGUUUGCUACUCGAGUAUACUUGGGUUUUUAAACACGGUAGGAGGUCUGAGUAUACUUGUUAAUAUGGGUCUAAUGAAUUAUAUCAGGGACUAUGCUAACAUUCCCAAGGUCUACGGAGCUCUAUUAGUAAUAAGACUAGUAUUCUUGGGGAUCUUUGGCAUGAUAAUGCUGGAUCCUGUCCUGAACGUUUCAAGUAGGGAAAACAAAAGAUAG